AUGGUUGAGAAUCAUGAAAAAUACCUUGGUUUUCCAACUGUCAUAGGAAGAUCGAAGAAAGCGGUUUUUGCUUACAUUAAGGAUCGUAUAUGGAAAAAGUUGCAAGGGUGGGAAGAGAAGCUUCUAUCGAGAGCAGGGAAGGAGGUUCUUCUCAAGUCGGUUAUUCAAGCUAUUCCUACAUACCUCAUGGGGGUGUAUAAAUUCCCUUCGGGUUUGAUUCAAGAGAUUCAUGGCAUGAUGGCUAGAUUUUGGUGGGGUUCAAAUGACAAAGGUAAGCAAGUGUGGAGGCUUGCUACAAAUGAGCAUUCCCUUGUCAGUCGUGUGUUCAAAGCAAAAUACUUCCCUCACUCUUCUAUUUUUGAGGCAGCGUUGGGACCGAUUUCUAGUUAUUCGUGGCAGAGCUUAUGGAGUUCUAAGGCCCUUGUUAAGGAGGGAAUGUUUUGGAGGGUAGGAAAUGGUAAUAGAAUUAAUAUUUGGUCCGAUCCUUGGUUAAUAGAUGAUGAGAGCCGAUUUGCUACCUCGGCGAGAAUAGAUGAUGGUUGUAAUAUGGUUGCAGAGCUGAUUGAUGUGAAUAGUUGUUGUUGGAAGCUUGAUGCUCUUGAGAGGACAUUUAAUGAUCGUGAUAAAGUAGUUGUUCUUGCUAUGGGCUUGGUGAGCGCCUUCCGGAGGAUACUCUCAUAUGGGCUUGGUCUAAAAGCGGUUGUUACGAGGUAA